UUGUACUCUCCGAGUGCUUAGUACGGCGUUCUGCACACAGACAUAAUUUCACAGGAUGGGGGUGAAUGAUUUGUGGCCGAUUUUGGAACCCAUAAAGAAACAUAUCCAUUUGCAAAGUCUCAGUGGAAAAACACUCGCGGUAGAUCUGAGUCUCUGGGUGUGUGAAUCGCAGACGGUCAAAAAGAUGAUUGGAACUGUCACGAAGCCUCAUCUUAGGAACCUGUUUUUUCGAAUCUCAUCUCUAACGUUAAUGGAUGUUAAACUGGUAUUCGUUAUGGAAGGCGACGCCCCAAAGCUGAAAGCCGAUGCAAUGAGUAAGAGAAAUGAGGUGCGGUAUGGACCUCCCAAAAAACCACAGGCUGCAAACACGGGGAGAUUGCGUUUUAAAUCCGUGUUAAAAGAGUGCCUUGAGAUGUUGGAGUGCUUAGGAAUCCCGUGGGUCCAAGCAGCCGGUGAAGCUGAAGCUAUGUGUGCUUAUCUCAAUGCUAAUCAUUACGUCGAUGGCUGCCUUACUGACGACGGAGACGUUUUCCUCUAUGGGGCCCAGACCGUCUACCGAAACUUCACUAUGAAUAUAAAGGACCCUCAUGUUGAUUGCUAUACUAUGUCCUCAAUUAAAGAGGAGCUGGGUUUAGAUAGAGAUGCUCUGAUUGGACUGGCGAUUCUCCUUGGUUGUGACUAUCUUCCAAAGGGUGUUCCUGGAGUUGGAAAGGAACAGGCGUUAAAACUUAUAGGAACUUUGAAAGGGCAGAGUUUGCUUCAGAGGUUUGACCAAUGGAAAGAACAGUUGAGCUACUGUGAUACACAAGCUCUAGUUGUUAAAAAAAUGGCUCAUUGUUCGGUGUGUGCUCAUCCAGGUUCACCUAAGGAACAUGAACGAAAUGGGUGCAAGUUUUGUGGAAGCGAUAGAUACUGUGAACCACAUGAUUAUGACUAUUGCUGUCCCUGUGACUGGCAUCGUGCAGAACGGAGCAAGCAACAAAAUGGGAUAGAGAACACUAUUAAAAGAAAAGCCUGGAGUUGUGAAGGAUUCCCAUUUCAUGAGGUGAUCCAAGAAUUCCUUUUUGACAAGGACAGACAAGUCAAGAUAAGGAAAUACCAAAGACCAGAUUUAUUAUCUUUUCAGAGAUUUGCUUCUGAGAAAAUGGAAUGGCCUAAACACUACACGUGUGAGAAAUUGUUAGUGUUGCUGACACACUAUGACAUGAUCGAAAGGAAGUUUGGUCGAAAAAACCCUUUUCAGAUGCAAGCGAAACGGAUAAUCAAGACACGGAUAAGAAAUGGCAUUCGGUGUUUCGAGAUUGAAUGGCAAAAGCCAGAGUUCUAUGCUGCUGCGGAUGACAAACCAACGGAGUCUGCCGUGGUGACAGUGGAAGAGGAAUCUUUAUUUCAAGACGCCUAUCCCGAAAUCGUUGCAAUUUUCCAAAAGCAAAAGUUGGAAGAUGGAGGGAAUAAGCAGAAAAGACAGAAAAGGAAACCCAAAGAUAAGGAUUUCUUAGAAGCAGAUGACAGAAUAUCAGAUCUUCUGUCACAAAUGAGUUUAAAACCCACAAAGGAAACUCUUCCUCUAAAGGAUGCUAAAUCUAAUAGAGGAAUUCCUUUGGACAAUAAAUCAACCCAGGGAAAAACCUGUGAAUGGAGCACUUUACUUGCUACCCAGGAACCAUCAAUAUCUUCCCCUCCACGACCCACUUCUUCUCAGAGCGAAAAUGUUUCCAGUCACUCCUUAUUUUUUCAGUUCGCCGAACCGAGUGCCACGUCGCCCCACUCUUCUGUGAUUGCCAGUCUCCAGCUGGAUGACAUUGAUUGGGAAGGGACCUCCUUCAGCGCUUCCCCGACUGUACAAGCACAGCCUCUUUCCGCCUGCUGUUCAAAAUCUGAGCUUGAAGCAUCUCUCCCCAACUUGAAAAGCCAUCCUAGUCAGUCACAGUGUAAAUCAGGAAAGGAUUCCCAAAAUAGAAACGCGGUGGAGUUUGCUCGAGACCUUUCCAGGAAGAGCAGCGGAGAGCAUUUGGUGUCAGGGGCCAGACCUCUGGACACACAGCUUCAGGAUCUGCCUCUAAAGGAGCGGAUUUUUGCGAAACCUAUUUCUCAGUCCAAGUCUUCACGCCAUCGGGCUAUUUCACAGCCCAAACAAACCGAGUCGAAAGCUCUGUUGGAGCAAAACCAAACAUCUGCCGAAGAAAGGUGCCCUAUUUUUCCAUCACCGGUAGAUGAUCGGGGUCAGGCAAAUGACCAUCUGAGAAUCAGUUCACAGUAUUAUCGGGGAAAAUCGAACAUACCAGACGUUCAAAGAAGCCUUGCAGUAAAGAUGUCUGAGUCAUUUGGUCACAAGGCAUCAGAGUCCUUGAACCUGGAAUGUAAAUCACAAAGUGUUUUUCCAGAAACACUUGAAGAUAGCUCAGCAAUCUAUCGGGGUGAAAAAACUGAUGUUCAAAAUGGGCAAAAUCAAAAAACUAAAAGGAGUGUGUGCCUUGACAGGUAUUCCUCUGAUGAAGAGAGUCACCCCCAAAACAUUAAAGCACAGUAUGCGAUUUCCACUGCGAAGCAUUAUAGUAGGCAGCAUAAUCCAUCGCAACUCGAGACAGUUGACACUAACAAAUUAAGGGGCUCUACACUGUAUCUUACAGAAAGCAAACAGCCUGUGCAAGCUUUUAAAGAAGCCGGGAGUAGUGUUGCAGUAGAAAAUCCUGCUUCCAAAGCGCCGAACCAUACUUUCGGAUUAAGUACCAGUGAGAAAAGUGGUUUCCCAACCAUAGCGCAGCAUUUUCAGAGCUUAGAAGUGGACACAGCAGUACCACAUGAGAGGAAACAGGAUGAAUCGGUCAUUUGUUUGGAUAGCCCCCUUCCUUUAUCUCAAAGAAUAAAAUUAAGGUUGCAGCAAAGUUGAUACUAGUGUUAGAAAAAACCAAACCCCACAACAUUUUUCAUCUUGUAUUAUCAUUUGAACCCCGCUCAAGUUUCAGUUUUUAGCCGUGAGUGCUGCUAACAAGAGUUCAUGGUUUUUCAUGGCCAUGGCCUCUUAUUUAAGUAGCAUAUAAGAAGUUGUUGUAACAGUUUUGAUUGAUAAAAUGGUAAACGUAUUUUCAUGAGGGCUAGACACUUUGAAGAAUAGUGUGUGACCAUUUGCCUCAUUGUCCAUUUAUCUUGACCAGGAAUUUGUGCCUGUUGAAAUUUCAAUCUGUUUCCUCUUGUCCGGACCAACUUACCACCAUUUUCUUCCUAUGCCCCAUCCAGGGACUUAAAGAAAGAUAUUAACUCAAUCUUUAGCCUGUGCUUUUCUAUAGAGAUCAGGUGUAAUAUCCUCUGGUUGCAAUUUUUUUUUAAUUAAAUGUUUCGUUCAUUCAAUCACAUUUAUCAAGCACUUACUGUGUGCAGUGUACUGUACUAAGCGCUUGGAAAAGUACAGUACAACAAUAAAUAUUUAAAACUCUUCACAGAUAAACCUCCUAAGGUAUCAUGCAUAAGUGCAGUAUGCCCAUUUUAAUUCUGCUUUGCCAAUCAAUGUGGAAGAAGAAAGGAUAGCAGAUGUUGUAGCCAGUUCUGCCUCCAAGACUUGGAGUUUAGAGAAGCCAAUUAAGAAUCUGAUUAUGUGAAUUUAUUGUUCGAAUACUAAGUUUUAGCUAGUAAUCAAUGUUUUAGUGAUUAUAUUUUUCUAUUCAGGGUAGGCUUAAUAAAUUAAUCCACCAACUAAAAACCAAAGUGGACUUUUAAGCGUUUUCAGCGUACAUUUUUUUUCCAAUUAAAACUUUAAUGCCUUAUAUGAGACUUGUAAAUACAUAAAAAUCGGAAUACAAGAGUGAAUUAAAAGUAUUAAGCUUCUUA